CUGCAGUCAUGUACCAACCUCUGGAUCCCUCUCGUAAACGUUACUGUGAAUGAGAUAGAUGUGAUUUUAUGUUCGUCUUACUUUGGAUUUCAUUCUGCCACCCAGAGUCUACUAGUCCAGCUGAGUUUUGAUGAAUGUGUGAUAUAUAUACAUAUAUAUAUAUAUUUAAUUUUCUGAAUAUCGCACUGUCUGAAUGGCAGACUUGGAGAUGCCAGCCACAACACAUGGAGUUGGAGUCUUCUUAGAGCUGAGGAAAAGGCUUCAGACUGGACUGCUCAUUGUCGGGAAAGAUGUGGCCAAAAGUCCUGCAGAUGUGGCCGUGACAGGUGGAGAGUCUUCUCUCAGCAUUCAGACUCCCAGAGGUGAGCUGAGCCUGAUGUUGCCAGCAGGAGUCACCUUCGAGCAGGGAUCCUGCGUUCCGACACCUGCGGGAGAAUCCUGUGAAGAGGAGCUUCACUUCAGACUGCGCAUCAGUGUCACGCACAGCGCAGACGAAGAGACUUCUGACAGUGUGAUGGAGACACUCCGGGCAAAAGAGACUUAUUCCUUCUACUGCCAGGGCUGCAUGACCAGGCUGCUGGAGGACAGAGUGUUUAAGCGAGUUCUCCCUCUCCCUAAUGGCAACUGGAACGCCAUUGUCGACGACUGGUGUUGCCACCCUGAUCCAUUCGCAAACAAGAAGCUGCUGCCCCGAGCAGAGGAUUGUUUAGUGGGUGACUCCUUCCUCCUCCUAGCCAGAGACGGCAGCUGCCAACAGACUCUCACUGAGGAAGUGAGCACUGUUGGCUCAGAGGACAGUCAAGAUACAAAGAAACCCUGCCGCCGACUGGCACUCGUCUCCUGCAAGAGCUGUUCAUCAGUGCUGGGAGAGGCUGUGGCAGCAGAGACCCUGAAACUGUACAUCACGCAGGUGGUGGUGGAGCCCGCUGUUGGAGACAGAACACCAGAAGCUUCUCUGAACAGAUCGCUCUUCCUGGAGAAGACUGUAGCAGCCAGGCUGUUGGGGCUGUCGACCUCGCUGAGCACUUUCCACUUCUCUGUCCAGACUCCUGAUGGAAAAGCUUUCUUAUUGCUCUGGCUGCUGAACAGCGACUCCAUCACAGCAUCAGUCCCAGAAACGUGUGUCGGGGGUGAGAGGUCUAUCAGCUCCCCCGCUCUUCACAGUCCAUCACCCAGAGCUGCCAGAGCCCUGAAACUCCUCUACACUGCCUGUUCUGAUACAGGCAUCCAGCAGAGAGACAUUAUAACUAGUUGGGAGGUCAAUGCCAUAGGACAUCCUGUGGUGCUGCCGCUGAAGGUGUGCGAGGAGCUGCUGCAAGUGAUAGAUGACAGCAACUCCACACUUCCUGCAUCUAUGCGUCGCAUGAGGUCCUAUGAGGUGGCGUACCUGAGACUGUGAGGCCAAAGAUCGGAUGCCAGGAGGUGAAGACUUCACUCUUGGAGAAUUCAAGAGGAUGCUGAAAAAGCUGAGAGAGGAACUUUUGUGAACAUGUUUGUAUUUGUUAAGGUAUAAUCCUGCACAGUUUUCCAGUAAGUAUGAGAAUGGAGAUUACCACAGAAGGAAAUGUGUCGACUCCUCCAGACAGAUUCAUGUUGAAACAGGUUGUUGCCAAAUUUCUUAAUGUUAACACCCAUCCAGUAAAUGCAAAAGUGGAAGAGAAUAACAUUGUCAGAAUAGUUUUUCAUAGAGUAGAUGAUAACAUCUUGUUGUAUAAUUUUUACUUCUUAUGUAUAAUUAAAUCAACAUGUAUCAUAGUGGUUUCAAAGCCUGUAUGUGUACAUUGUAUUUUUGUCCAUGCCUAAACUUAAUUUUGUAUUUUU